UUUACAUAAAUGUAAACAUUAGAUUUAGUUACUUUGGAUAUUAGUUUCAGCUAAGAAAUUCGUUCAUUAUGACAGUAUUUGGGCUAAAAUUAAAUGUUUAAUCAUGAGUGUGUAGUGGAAGCUAGAUAAUCGGCAAUGUGAUGCUGCAACAUGCCAAAAAUUAUCGAGUUAACAGUGGAAAUAGAUGUACAGAGAGUAUCAUGUCCGGGAGUGUGGUUAUGCCAAGAUGGACGAGUCUCCCUCACAGUGUUUGCGCUGGGCACCAGUUACCAGACCUGUCUACUGCCUCCUAUCUUCCCACUCAUGUUCAAAGACAUCUUCUACUUCCGCAAAAGAUUUCAAGAAUCAUGUGCAUUGAAUAACAUUUGCUGUUUGUUAAAGGAAGAAACCAUAUACUGUGAGCUGGUGCAAUGGUGUGAUGACUGUGCUUCUAGUGAGUGUGUGAUCCUGGCUCAGUACCUGGGAGCUUUGAACGAUGUGCUCUUCCCGCCCAACAUGUGCUCCAACGAUGGAGUGGAUCUACUCAUGAGGAGGGCUAAGGACUUCCCUGGUAUACUAUCUCCUAAAAUCGAGAUAGCAACAAAAGUGCGUAUAGAUGAGGUAUGGAACCAGACUCACCCCGUGCCUUCGACGCUGAAAGUUGCCUGUCAUUGCUCGCCUCGCGACGAGGCUUCCCGACAGAGGCAGGUUUGCCAUUCUGCACGGUAUCAUAGGAACAAAUGUUUGAAACACGCGAGGGCGCCAUCAGGACCGAGGUCACGGUCACGGUCUGGGUCCUCGGGCUCGAAGUCAUGUUGCAGCCUGACGCAGAACGAUGCGGAGUAUAUCAAUUGUGACUGUCCUAUAUCAAUGGGCAGCACUGAGAAGCCGUACUCCAACCGACAGAAAGAGGAGAAACACACGAAAACUAUCCUAGAAAGCAGAUACAUCGACCAUGAUAGAUACACAAACACCAGCACACAGGACUAUGCGACAAAACAUUUUAAAACUAAAAUAACCCCUUGUGUAUGUGAAAUCUGUAAACGAUACCAUGAACUAUUCCAUACGAACAAAGGAUAAAACAUUUGACAGGUCAAUAAGGAUCAAUUUGCAAUAACUACCUCAUAAAAAAUGACUGCGUGACAGGAUGUAGGUAAGUAAUACAGUUUGUGAUUAAUGAGCAAAGGAAAUUGUACUUUAAUGUUGUCAUCAAAUGUUAUACAUUGUUAUAUUUUUCUUCAUAAGUUUUUAGAAACCAAUUUUUAUAACUAAUCAUGCAUGCUUAUCUGUUUUUUUAAAAGUUCGAUAUUCUAACAAAAAUUGUAUA